AUGACCACCCCUGUGGGUACCGAUUCUUCGUCGCGGUCGCAGUCGCAGUCACUGGCUAGUGUUGAUGUCUCAACCAAUGAACUUUUGCUGAAGUUGCUUGAACAACACAGGGCGUCUGACGCCAAAUUCUCUGCUUUUAUCGAGGAACAGCGACGUACUAAUCAGGAGCUUAACGCUAAGCUAAAUCAAUUAAAUGUUGUUGCUGGAAAUGUGGAGAGAAAUAGUCAGCGUAUCACUUCGUUGGAGCAAAGCUGUGCUACCAUUGCGCGUGACGUGGGUGACUUAAAGAGUCAUCAGAGAUCGUCUGAAUUAGACUCGCAUAGCCGAACACACAAUAUGCUUAUCAUAUCUGGCGUGCCAUCCACGUUGUCUAUUACCCCUUUGACUCUUGUUCGCAAUGUGUUUACGAAGCUUGGUAUCCCUGAACUGUCGUGCCAUAUUUUGGAGAUUAGGACCGUUGCUCGUGAAUCAGGUCGCGCAGUGUCUCAUGAUCGUCCUUUGCCGGUCUCUACCUCCGUUUCACUCUUUGUCACUUUAGCUUCUGUUGCUGUUCGUGAUAUCGUCAUUUCGAAGAAGCGUGCGCGUCGUGUGCUAGUGCAAAGUGAGGUUUGCAAGAACGAUUCAGGCGGAAAUAUUUACGUGAAUGAGCUGCUUCCCAAAAACAUAUAUGAACUGCUGAAGCAAACAAAGCAUACGGCCAAGAAGAAAUCAUAUCAAUAUGUAUGGGUCAGCAGGGGUCGUGUUAACGUUAGACGCUCGGAUGGCGAACCUGUGAUUCGAGUGGACUCGGUGGCUGACCUUGAUAAGUUGGCUUAA